AUGACCCCCAGAAUUUGUAUGCAAGAUGAGCCUACAGGAGUGCCAAUCAACCGAGCCACCAGGUUUGAGAAUAAGGUGGGAUUCCUGGAUCUAGUGGCCGGUGAAUCACUGAUCAAAGAGCAGAUUUUAGAGAGAUUCUUCAUCGAUCUAGUGGCCGGUGAAUCACUGAUCAAAGAGCGAGCAGCCGCCAGGUUUAAUGAUUUGGUGGGAUCUACAGAUGUAGUGGCUGGUGAACCGCUUCUUCUUCUUCCACGAAGAUUCAGACAAAACCGAGCUUGGAUGGAACUGAACAAGAUUUGGCGAACGAAUACAAAGGUCAAAGGCUUUAUUAUUGAGAAAGUAAAAGGAGAUUCUCCUCCUCCCACUGUUCUUCUUCCUCCAUCUCAGACUGCCGCCAAGCCAUUGUCAAAGUCCGACAGAAAAGCAUGA